AUAGAUUGGUUGAAGCUUCGACGGGACCACAGAAUAAUCGGCGAAUUAGUGGGCUCUUUUCCAAAAUUAACUAGACAAGAAAUAUUUUUAGGUCUCCCAUUGCUUUUAUUGCCAGAAGAAGUCACUCUACUGCUUGAAAAGAAAAUCGCUUGUCUUGUAGAAUGUACGAAUCUAAAGACACAGCCAGAUGAAUCAUUAAAUCAAAGAUUUCAGGAGUAUAGAGAUAAACUGUUUCUGGAGCAAGGAAAUUGUCUAAAAGAUAAUAGAAAGAAACAAAUUACUUCUGUGAUGGACAAGAUUAUAGAAGGAAAAAAACGCAAGAUGUUAGGCUUGCAUACAAGCAAAAAGAAUAUGAGGAAACCAUUGGAUAAGAAAAUGCAGGAAGCCUUGAAUAAUAUUGAAAUCGAUACUGAAAGUUUGCUUGAAGAAGAAUUGGCUAAGUUGCCCAAACUGAAAAAAAGUGAUGCACUCGUUCAAAUACAUACAGCAUAUCCAUGGUCUAAUAAAGAUGAUGUAAAAAUAGUGGAAUGGAAAUAUCCACUUACAUCUGAUCAGCAACUUAAGUAUAAGAUAUAUAAAGAUCUUUGGGAGAGGCAAUAUUACAUCACCAGUGGAGAAAAAUUCGGUGGCGAUUUUCUGGUAUAUCCAGGUGAUCCAAUAAUGUUUCAUUCACAAUAUAUCAUACAAUGUAAACGUGCGGACGAAGAGAUACCUAUCAUGGAUGUUAUUGCUCAGUGCAGACUCAGUUGUCAUGUUAGAAAAACAUUGGUGUUUGCUACGUAUCACGAAGAGGAAGAUAUAGUGAAAUAUCAAUCUUUCCAGUGGACAGAAUGUAAUGCAUUAGAAGACAGCUGAUAUAACAUUUUAUUUAAAAAUAUUUAUAUUUUAUUGACGUUAUGGAUAUUUUGUUUUUUUUUUUCGAGAUGUGACUUUUGUAGAUGUCUACAUAUAAUGCAUGUUUCAUAAAAUUGUGAAGUACAGGUUCCAGAAAAAUUAAUUCUAAUUAUAUUUCAACUUGGAAACUUCUAUUAUAAACUGUUAGUAGAGAUUAGAAUAAUCAAUUUUAUAUGAUAUCCACAUUUAUAAUCAACACAGCAUUACAAUAUAUUUAUUAAACAUUAAGAUUUUAAGACA